AUGCAUAUUCCCCAUCUCGUGGCAGUGCUUGCUGCUGCUGCCGCCGGCGUCGCGAAUGCUCAUCCGGGCCAUGACUUGAGCGAGGAGAUUGCAGAGCGUCAGCUCUUCCUGCGAUCCGUGAGACGAUCCUCGCUCGCCCACUGCGCCGACAAGCUCAAGGCCAGGGGCGUCGAGGCCGCCAACAUUGCCCGUCGCUCGGCUGCUGUCGAGAGCAGCCGCGUUGCCCGCGGCAUCCAGCGCCGAGACCUGGACAGCGACCUCUCCAAGUCCCACAACAGCACCGACCUGGGCUACACGGAGAAUACGUCCGUCUCGGAGCUCUUCUCCAGCAACGGAUCUUGCCUGCUGACCCCAGAAGUCACCCAAGGCCCUUACUAUGUUGGAGGCGAAUCUAUCCGAAAGGACGUGACGGAUUCGGAACCCGGCAUCGACAUCACGCUCGACUACCAAGUCAUCGACGUCGACACCUGCGAGCCCGUGCCGGACGUCUACGUCGAGAUCUGGCACUGCAACUCUACGGGAGUCUACUCGGGCGUCGUCGCUAACGGCAACGGCGACUCGUCCGACUCGUCCAACCUCGACAACAAGGCGCUACGUGGCAUCCAACCCACCGACCAGGACGGCGUCGCCCAGUUCCAGUCCAUCUUUCCCGGCCACUACACGGGCCGCGCCACCCACAUCCACGUCAUGGUGCACGCCAACGCGACCCUGUACGCCAACCAGACGCUCGGCAACGAGGUCUACGCGAGCCACGUAGGCCAGGCCUUCUUCGACCAGGACCUCAUCGCCGCCGCGGACAAGGUCGCCCCCUACAGCGACAACGAGCAGACGCUGACGGAGAACUCUGACGACAGCAUCCUCGCGGAGGAGGCGGGCACGGAGGGCGUGGACCCGUUCAUGGACUACGUCUAUCUGGGGGGUGCCCUGAGCGAUGGGUUGUUCGCGUGGCUGGCGUUUGGCAUCAACACGACGUACUCGAGCGAGGUGACGCCGGCGGCGUUCGUGUACGAGUCGGGCGGCGUGGAAAACGAGAACGGAGGCAUGGGCGGUCCCGGCGGUGGCGGUCCUCCGGGUGGUGGUGCCGGCGGUCCGCCCGGCGGGGGUAACGGGACGGGACCGGGGAGCAACACGACGGCCGCUCCAUCUGUAACUAGCACCGCUCCGUCAGGGACUCAGACUGGCACGACCGGAACGCCCACCCUAACCAACGUCGGCUCAGUCGUUGGCGCGUCCGUCACCGGGCUUCUGGGGCUGGUUGUUCUUGUUCUUGUCGUUCAGUAG